AUGUCUACCACUACACCUGAGGCGGCCUCCGCGCCCAAGCUGGAGAAGAAGCCCGUCAAGUUCAGCAACUUGCUGCUUGGCGCUGGUUUGAACAUGUUCGAGGUCACAUCGUUGGGACAGCCGCUGGAAGUGAUCAAGACAACCAUGGCUGCAAACCGGGGCGACAGCUUCGCUGGUGCUAUGGGUCGGAUUUGGGGGCGUGGCGGGAUCCUCGGUUACUAUCAAGGUCUCAUUCCCUGGGCCUGGAUUGAGGCCUCCACUAAGGGAGCCGUCCUCCUCUUCGUCGCGUCUGAGGCUGAGUUCAGUGCUAAGGUUCUCGGCGCUCCCGACUUCCUUGCUGGUAUCACUGGGGGUAUGGUCGGUGGUAUCGCCCAGGCCUAUGCGACCAUGGGCUUCUGUACCUGCAUGAAGACUGUCGAGAUUACCAAGCACAAGAUGGCCGCACAGGGUGUGAAGCCCCCCAGCACUUUCGCGACUUUUAUGGACAUCUAUCGAAAGGAGGGUAUUCGUGGUAUCAACCGUGGUGUCAAUGCCGUUGCCAUUCGUCAGACUACCAACUGGGGUUCUCGUUUCGGUCUUUCCCGAUUGGCAGAAACCGCGAUCCGUAAAGUGACUGGCAAGGAAGACGGCCAGAAGCUUGGUGCCUUUGAGAAGAUUUUGGCCUCCGGUCUGGGUGGUGGUCUCUCUGCUUGGAACCAGCCCAUUGAGGUCAUUCGCGUUGAGAUGCAGAGCAAGACCAAUGACCCCAACCGCCCUAAGAACUUGACUGUCGGCAAGGCCUUCAACUAUAUCUACCAGUCGAAUGGUCUCAAGGGUCUUUACCGUGGCGUUACUCCUCGUGUGGGUCUGGGCAUUUGGCAGACCGUCUGCAUGGUGGCUCUUGGUGAUAUGGCCAAGGAAACAGUCGAAAAACUGACGGGCGACCAAGUCACCGCUAAGCACUAGAGAAGGUUUGAGAUACCCUUCUGCCAUGCAUGGUCUUUGAGUUGGGUGGAUGAUGUAACAGCCGGUCUUCGGCCUUUGGUAUCUAUUGUACGGGCCUUCAAUCGGAUGAGAUGUCCCGAGGGUAGGGAUCAGACAUUCGCCGAUCAUUGAGGGGAUGUAGCAUCGGACUGGAGUUGUAUGUCAUCAAUGUCAUGUUAGGCAAAUACUCGAUAUAAUGAAUAAUAAUAUUGCCGACUCCUGGGGGUUCGAUGAUUCCGAAAAUCAUUUUCUGAAUGUUUUGUAUUUUCCGUUGCGGGUAUUAUUUAUUGAACAGCAUUGGAAGUCAUCCUGGCCAAGUGCAGAGUAUAUUUAGUCCACAACAAUACUAUUC